GCCCGGGUCCCCGCAAGCUGCCCGCUACAGGCCGCCAGGAUUCCAGGCUUGCAGAUUCGCCAAGGUGACCCCAUCCCCUCAUCUCGACACACCGACGCCCGCGAAACCACUUGCAUAUAACGCCCUCACGCUAGUGCACACUGAACACACCUGCACCCAUCAUGGCUCUCCAGCCGCCGCAUGCCGAGGAAAAGCUCCCACUACACAAACACUCCGAGUCGACGGCUCAUGCUCUACCCAGGCAGCAUGGCCCCCGAAGACACUACCUCGUGAGGCGAGUCAUCCCAGCCAUCCUGACGAUACUGGUGGUCUUCUCCCUAUUCCGCACUACGUUUGUCUGCCACCACCAUUAUGGGCCGACUUUAUCCAGAGCACCCAUAGAUGUUGUGGAGGAUGAGGCACCGAAAAACAAGAUCCCGCUGGAAAUACAUGUCAUGUCCAAAUGCCCAGACGCUCGGGAUUGCCUGCGCGAGCUGAUUGUGCCAACGAUGAUCCAAGUGAACGAAAAGGUCAACUUCACAAUGUCAUUUAUUGGAAGCGUCGAUCCUGAUUCCGACGCAGUGUCAUGUAAACAUGGACCGGGCGAGUGCCUGGGCAACAUCAUCCUCCUCUGCGCAGCUAAAGUCUAUCCCGAAGUCAAACUCUGGCUCGGAUUUGCCAACUGCAUGAUCUCCGAAUAUCCAGACAUCCCAAAGCGAGACCUCGUCCAGAGCUGUGCCAUGGAACACGGUCUUGACUUCCAGCAGCUCAACUCGUGCAUCAGUGACGAAGGGGAAGGAAUCGGUUUGCUUCGGGCCAGCAUUGAAAGGAGUCAAGAGAACAACGUAACAAAGAGUUGUACAGUCAGGCUCGCAGAAAAGGUUCGAUGCAUUCGUGAUGGCGGGAAGUGGUACGAUUGUCCAGGAGGCAGUUCCGUGGACGCUCUUGUUGGUGAUAUCAACAAAUUGUAUGACUAGGAUGGCAUGUUGCUCCUUUGGUUGUUUGUCGGCUCUGGCAGAUUUCAGCGUUGUUCAACUUGCAUGAUACCCGUGUCCAACAUGAUCAGCUCCCUGAGCUUCAUCACAGACUUGGUCUCAGCCCAUGGCGUUGUGCAGACUCCGAUGCCGUCAUUUGUGAUUUUAUCCCCCAUGUUCAGAUAUAUCUGAACAUGUUCUCUCGAACACCCCUCUUCAUGGCAACAGGCUUGCCGUCCUCGAGCUCGAGUCCAGCUUCUCCCCCAUCUCCUGCCAGAUUCUCCAUAGCUUGCCGCAUUUCCUCGUCAGCGUCGGCCAUGCUCUUGUGGGUCUUCUUCAGCUUCUUAAAGGCUUCUUUCUUUUUCGCAGUGUCCACUACAUUGGCGGACUUGCCCUCAGAGUCCUUAGUACUAGACGAAGACGUCAAGCGAUGUUGGCUCAGUACAUGAUUCAAGACAAAUGGUCGGCCACGCCUCAUGACCUUAG